UUAUAAACUUUUUAAAAUGAGUAAAAAAUUAAAGCUUGAUGUUCUUACGUCAACAAGAUCUUUACGAUCUGAAAAUAAAGCGGUUAAUACAGAUCCAUCGAGUACAACAUCAAAGUAUUUUAAUGAUAAGGAUAUAUUACCAAACACAGGAAGAAAGAAAAAGCGUACACCGAUAAAAAUAAAGUAUGAAGAAGUAGAAACUGAAAGCAAGGUAAAAAAUUGUGAAAUGAAAGAUGAAAUUGUAAAAGAGGAGGUCAUCAACAUUGGGAGCAAUUGGGUACCGGCAAACUGGGAAAUUACUUUGAAUAAUAUUAAGGAAAUGCGAAAAGACCGAACAGCACCUGUGGAUGAAAUGGGAUGUCAUAUGUGUGCAGAUCCGAAGGCUUCUGCCAAAGUGUCUAGGUUUCAGUCGUUAAUUGCUCUAAUGCUUAGUAGUCAGACUAAAGAUCAAGUUACUCAUGCAGCUAUGCAAAGAUUAAAUACUUAUGGCUGUACUCCAGAAACAAUAGCAGAUACACCUAAUGAUGUUCUUGGAAAGCUUAUAUAUCCAGUUGGAUUUUGGAAGAGGAAAGCGGAAUAUAUUAAAAAGACAUCAAUAAUUUUAAUAGAUAAGUAUGAAGGUGAUAUCCCUAACACAGUAAAGGAAUUGUGUGAUUUGCCAGGAGUAGGACCAAAGAUGGCUCAUAUUUGUAUGCAAAUAGCAUGGGGUGAAGUAUCUGGCAUUGGUGUAGAUACGCAUGUACAUCGUAUUUGUAAUAGAUUAGAAUGGGCAGAAAAGACAACAAAGACACCAGAAGAAACAAGAAUUGCAUUGGAAAAGUGGUUACCAAAAGAUCUUUGGAAAGAGGUAAAUCAUCUACUUGUUGGAUUUGGGCAAGAAAUUUGUUUACCACGAUUUCCUAAAUGCAGUGAAUGCCUCAAUAAAGAUAUAUGUCCAUUUCCUGUGAAAAAUGGAACGAAAAAGAAG